CGAGCUUCUCUUGUCAGGCGGGGGCGGGCCCGCCGUUAACAGGUAGGCUUGGAGGGUGAACGACACCAGCGGUCUUUUUCCCCGACUCGUCUUGGAUUAUCGUAGUGAGAUGUUAUUACCCUAAAAAAGAAGUGAGCAUUAAAACCAGGUUUUCAGUUGAGUUAAAACAUGUCGAUGUACUUUUAUCAUAUGAGCAGUAAGCUGCUCAUGGACACGGUUGGCAAGAUGAACGACAACCUAACCUCAGGGGUUCUGGCUGCCUCAGUCAUCACUCUGACUUUGGGUUAUUUGUAUAGCAAAGUACUUCGCAGACAAACUUGUCACAAAGAUGUGAAAUAUCCACCUUUCAUUCCUUCCAGUGUGCCCUUCCUAGGCCAUGCUAUUGCUUUUGGGAAAAGUCCUAUUGAGUUUUUGGAAAAUGCUUAUGAGAAAUAUGGCCCAGUAUUUAGCUUCACCAUGGUGGGCAAGACCUUCACGUACCUGUUGGGAAGCGACGCCGCCACGCUGCUUUUCAACAGCAAAAACGAGGACCUGAACGCCGAGGACGUUUACUCCCGACUGACCACUCCCGUGUUUGGCAAAGGCGUGGCCUAUGAUGUCUCCAACCCGGUCUUUCUGGAACAAAAGAAGAUGCUGAAGACGGGACUGAACAUCGCACGCUUUAAGGAACACGUCAAGAUCAUCGAGGCGGAGACGGUGGAGUAUUUUCAGAGAUGGGGAGACAGUGGCGAGAAAAACCUCUUUGAAGCGUUGUCUGAGCUGAUCAUCCUGACGGCCAGCAGCUGCCUCCACGGCAAGGAGAUCCGCGCCAUGCUGGACGAGCACGUGGCCCAGUUGUAUGCAGACCUGGACGGAGGCUUCAGCCACGCUGCUUGGCUGCUGCCCGGAUGGCUGCCGCUGCCCAGCUUCAGGAGGCGUGACAAAGCUCACCAAGAGAUCAAGAACAUUUUCUUCAAGGUGAUCCAGAAGCGACGAAGCUCCGGCAAGAAAAUGGACGACAUCCUUCAGACGCUCGUCGACGCCACCUACAAGGACGGACGUCCGCUGUCUGAUGACGAGAUCUCAGGCAUGCUGAUCGGCCUUCUGCUGGCGGGUCAGCACACGUCCUCCACCACCAGUGCCUGGAUGGGAUUCUUCCUGGCCCGGGAUCAAGUCCUGCAGGAGCGCUGUUAUGCCGAGCAGCAGACUGUGUGCGGGGAAAACCUGCCCCCUCUCGACUUGGACCAGCUGAAGGAUCUCGGCCUGUUGGAGCGUUGUUUGAAGGAGACGUUAAGGCUCCGCCCACCCAUCAUGACCAUGAUGAGGAUGGCUCGCUCUGCUCAGACUGCAUCCGGCUACACCAUCCCACAGGGCCACCAGGUGUGCGUCUCCCCGACAGUCAACCAACGCCUGGAAGACACCUGGCAGCAGAGGAUGGAGUUCAACCCCGAUCGCUAUCUCCAUGACAACCCUGCUGCUGGGGAGAAAUUUGCUUAUGUGCCCUUUGGUGCAGGACGUCAUCGGUGCAUCGGGGAGAACUUCGCCUACGUUCAGAUCAAAACCAUCUGGUCCACUUUGCUGCGCUUGUUCCACUUUGAGCUGGUGGAUGGAUACUUCCCCACCAUCAACUACACUACCAUGAUCCACACGCCGCACAAGCCUAUCAUCACAUACAAGAGGAGGAAACCGUCAGACCAAAAAAGAAUGCAGACACAGGAUGCGUCCACAAUGUCCAAACAAGCUGAUUGAUUAUAUGUUGCAUUACAUAAAACUGGGAAAUUUCAGACUUCCUUUUGGAAAAAGUCCAAGUCAAGAUAUGGUACGUUUGACAUGUUAUGCGUGGAAAUCCUUUUUCCCCCCAGUUUUAAUGAAUGCAGCAUACGUGUGUAAAGGGAUAGAAUGGUUACCAGUGAUGGGUAAAUGAGCGUUUGGCACACUCACUAGCCGUAUUGACCCUGCCCUGAUACUGUGUUGCUGUUUCAUAAUCACUAAAUUGGCCUGCAAAUGUAGUUAAUGUAGUCGUCCCGUGUUUAGCACGAUCAAUUGGUUGUAGUGGUCAAUGAAUCUCUGCAAAGUAGGAUUGUUAAUAAAUCAAAUAUUUUCAUAAAGCAUUAAGUGUUUACGGCCUUCUGUUAUACAUAUAAAACUUAAUUCAACACUUAAUUUGGGCCAAAAAUAUGUUGAGUAUUCUAUAAAAAUAAAUAAUUCUACAAUGUAGUGAAGUGCGAUGUGGGUGACUGUGAAGUAGUUAUGGGUAAAUAAUGACAAUGUAGUGAAGUGCGAUGUGGGUGACUGUGAAGUAGUUAUGGGUAAAUAAUGACAGUGUGUGACACACAGACUGUAUUGACAUUGCAAUGAUACUGUGUCGGUGUUUCAUAAUCUGUUGCUUAAAAGUCACAUUUGACCCCCAAAAUAAAUGUCUUAUUUUUCAAUGCAUAAAUUGCAGAAAGGAAUAUGGAUGUCAAAUGUGGCAGGCCAAAGGAGCGCUUCCUGACCGUAUCACUCCUUGCGUUUCAUUAGGCAUCGAUGCUUCCGUAUCGUUCCACCCCUCAGGAAUGAUUACGCUACAUUGCAUAAACCUGGGCAAUUUCACUCAUUUGACUAGAAAAAGUAAGUCAAGAUUAGAAAAUGCAUUUCAUUCAUGUUACAUCUUGUUUACCAAAACGAAUGUCCUGGUUUCCCUGAAUGCAACAUGGAAGUAUUUAUAGGCACAUAUAUAAAAAAAAUACCAUGGCACGCUAUUGCCAUCUUGUGGAAGAGUGUCUAAUUGUUCUGUAUGUUCCUGGCAUCGAUAGACAUGCACCUGGGGAUAGAUAGGUUGUUAGGUGAAGAAAACUGGGACAAUUCAGAAAAAUCAAAAUAUUUACAAUCACCAUCUGAGAGGGUUUUCUGCAAAAGGACAAAACACAGGUUAGUAGAUUGUAAGUGGUGAUUUGUCCCACUGUUCUUGAAUGCAGCAUGAAAACGAGCAAUUGUAUUGGGUAUCAUGUUAAACCUGAGUUUUGACAUUGCAAUGAUU